AUUACUACCAGUCAAAGCUGUAAGUCACAUUAUUUAAUCAAAAAUUAUCAACAAUAUAUAUGUUCAAGUCUUUUCAAAUAAAUUAAUAACAUUAUAUAUAUUUUUUAACAUUAUUAUCACUGUUUUGUUUAUUAAUUUUAACUUAUUGUUUUGAUAUUAUUUCAUCAUCAGAUUGUAAAAUCUUAUUACCGAUUUUUUUUGGAGCAAAAUAACACAUCAACAAGACAAAAUGUCUCAACAAUAUUAUCCAUUCAAGUGUACUCCAACUGUAUAUCCAGCUGAUCCAUUUAAUGCUAUUAAUGAUGCUACAGUACUUUAUAAAGCAAUGAAAGGUUUUGGAUGUGAUGGAAAAACAGUUGUUGAUAUAUUAACAAAACGUGGUGUUGUACAACGUCUUGAAAUUGCUGAUGCAUAUAAAACACAAUUUGGAAAAGAUUUAAUAAGUCAAUUAAAAAGUGAAUUAACUGGUAAACUUGAGGAUGUUAUGGUUGCAUUAAUGACACCAUUGCCUCAUUAUUAUGCUAAAGAACUUCAUGAUGCUGUUGCUAAUAUGGGCACUGAUGAAAGUUGCUUAGUAGAAAUUCUUUGUACACUUAGCAAUUAUGGUAUCAGAACCAUUGCAUCCUUUUACGAAAAUCUUUAUGGACGAACAUUGGAAGAUGAUUUAAAAGAUGAUACAUCUGGUCAUUUUAGAAAACUGUUGGUAUCUCUUGUCCAAGCAAAUCGUGAUGAAAAUCAAGGUGUUGAUCAUGCACAAGCACAAAAUGAUGCACAAGCACUUUUUGAUGCUGGAGAAAAAGAAUGGGGUACUGAUGAAUCACAAUUUAAUUCUAUACUUGUAACACGUAGUUAUCAACAACUUCGUCAAACAUUUUUAGAGUAUGAAAAAAUAUCUGGACAUGAUAUUGAAGUUGCUAUUAAAAAAGAAUUUUCAGGAAACAUUGAAAAAGGACUUCUUGGCAUUGUCAAGUGUGUUAAAUCGAAGGUCGGUUUCUUUGCUGAGCGUUUACAUGCAGCUAUGCAUGGAAUUGGUACAAAAGACAGAACACUAAUUAGAAUUGUUGUCUCAAGAAGUGAAAUUGAUCUGGGUGAUAUAAAAAAAUCAUUUGAAGAACGUUAUGGAAAAUCACUUGAGAGCUGGAUUGCUGGUGACACUUCUGGUGACUAUAAAAAAGCUUUACUCUCUCUGGUUUCAACAUAAAUAUACCAAGUUAAUUAUAAAACAAUACAU